AUGAAGUUCUCUCUUUCCCUUCCUUUGUGUGUCCUAUUUGCCACUGCCGCUUCGGCAUUCGGCCUCAAUGGCGGAGCCAAGAACAUGCUCUCCAAGACUCAACAAACAUUUGUCGCCAAGGCUCCAAAUGCCAAUUUGGUUCAAGCGAUUGAUGUCCAAGGAAACCGCAUGAACUCUGUUUCCCUUUCUGCUGAAGGAGAUGCUAUGGAGGUCCGUGGAGGAGCCGCCGAAGUCGCCAAAAAGGGAGCCCCCAUUGACUUUGGCCUCAUCAUCUACUUUGCCCUUUGGUACCUCGGAAACUACUAUUACAACAUCACCAACAAGCUUGCUCUUAAUGCUGCUGGUGGAAAGACCGGUUUCCCAAUGACCAUUUCCUCUCUGCAAUUGGGUGUUGGUUCCAUUUAUGGACUUUUCCUAUGGUUGGCCCCUGAUGCUCGUCAAAGACCCAAGGUCACCCUCGAGGAUCUCAAGAAGAUGCUUCCCGUUGCCUUUUGCUUCAUGGGAGCACACUCUGCCUCUGUCUUUGCCAUGGGAAUGGGAGCCGUCUCCUUUGCCCAAAUCGUCAAGGCAUCCGAACCCGCCUUUGCCGCCGUCCUCUCCCAAUACGUCUACGGAAAGAAGGUCUCCAAGGCCAAGUGGUUGUGUCUCCCCAUUGUCAUUGGUGGUGUCAUCUUGGCGUCUGUCAAGGAACUUGACUUUGCUGUUUCCGCUCUUGUCUCUGCCUGCAUUGCCAACAUGUUCGCUGCCGUCCGUGGUAACGAAAACAAGAAGCUCAUGGAAACUCCAGGACUCAAGGACCGCAUUGGAUCGGUUGGUAACCAGUUCGCCAUUACUUCCAUCAUGGGAUUCUUGCUUAGUAUCCCAGUCUUGAUUGCCAAGGAAGGAUCCCGUUUCGGAGAAUUUUGCGAAAUUGCCAAGUCGUCUCCUGCCGUCUGGAAGAACCUCAUGGCCUCUGGACUUUGGUUCUAUGGAUACAACGAAGUUGCUACCAUGACCCUCAAGAAGACCGGAGCCGUCACUCAAUCCGUUGCCAAUACCGCCAAGCGUGUCAUUGUCAUUGUGGGUGUCGCCCUUGUCCUUGGUGAAUCCUUGGAUCCCAUCAAGUUGAUUGGUUGCUCGAUCGGAAUUGGUGGAGUCUUCCUCUAUUCCAUCAUUGACAAUUUUGUCAAGCCCAAGAAGGAGUAA